UGUAAGUCUAUGUAGCAUCACACUGGUUUAAUGUAGUUGAUGUUUGUAUCUGUUCUUCGUGGGUAAUCACCACAGUAAAACUUGCAAAGUAACAUUCUGUUACAUAAAUCCUAUAACAGUUUCUAAUUAAGCGUUUCGAAUUACCCCAGGAAAAUAGUUAAGAUACCUAACUACUAUCGGAUUUUCAAAGUUUUAUAGGGUUAUACUUUUUAUUUAACCAUAGGAAUUCGAAUCAUCCCCUACAAUCCCUUCCCGUAGUCUUGGGAUUAGACGGUAAGUGUUUGGGUAGCUGCGUUAGAUUGCACUUGUGUCCUGUUACGUAAUGGCUACCAUUCAUGAAAGCUGUCGUCCAAAUUAACACGAAUAGUUUCAGAGUAGUUAGGUGUCAAAUUACUGUAACACUUUCAGGGAGAAAAUUAUAUUUGUCUCUGGUUGAAUUUGAAGGCCAUUUCAUUGGAAGAGGUUGAACCAAAUUGCCAGGCGAAACGUUGGGUCCACAUAAAGAUUGUCUACAAAAUUAUUCCCCAGUGUGAUCCUACUAAUAUUUUCUAGGUCGUUUGUAAGUACGGGGUGAUCAGUAACAAGCCUAAAUAAUAGUUAGUGAUUGAAAUCAUUCCAAAUAAUAUUUCUUCGUUAAAUAAGAGGACAUAAAAUUGAGUUCGGAGAGGCUUGCUCAGGCUUAUGUAAUGACAACGGUGAUCAAUCUGACUUCUAUGUUUCAGUCAAACAAGCCGUAUUGUUGCCUGACACUUAAAACACCACUUGAGUUUCCCUAUUAGUCAAUUAGUUGUACCGUAAUUCUCGUUAACGUCAUUUGCCUCUUCAACCUUAUAAGCUCUGAAGUCAGUUGUUCGUCCACUGCUAUUUACCUAAAUCUAAAGUCUUUCCAAAACACCCUUGUCUUCUGUGUUUUAAAUUGUAAUAGUCUUGGUAGUUUAAGUAGUUAUAUCCGAUUCGACAGACAAUAACUAUCGACUUUUUUUUAAAAUUAUUGCAUUCUGACUCAUCCGGUUUAUUGCCAUCACCGUGGACAGUUGUGACCUUUCUUGUGGUUAGUUCAUUGUUUUAUUACCGUGGUGUCAUUCAGUGAUGUAUAGCUUGUUUUACUUCUGUAUUGAAGGCAUUAUAAGACGGUGUGUGAUCAGUACAUUUUCAGUUGAAAACGGAAUUAAUCGUCACUACUUGUGAUAUUUUGAUUUCUGCAAAAGUAAUAAUCGUUGGCUCUAAAGAAAACUGAUGCCCAGUCAGCUACUCCCAAGAGACCUAAGAAGCCAGAAGGUCUCCGCUUGAAGGAAAAGAUUAGACGACGGAAAUUGAUUACAGUGGCUCGCAAAAAGGUAGUACGUCGACAAACUUUUAUGCGGUUAAAACGUCUCAUGAAGCAACGAGCGGAAAAAUACAUGCAUGAGUACCGCAGAAUGGCAAAGCGUGAAAUCACGUUGCAGCGUAAUGCUAAAAAAACGGGAGACUUUUAUGUCCCAGCUGAACCAAAACUUGCAUUUGUCGUGCGAAUCCGGGGUAUUAACGGUGUCCACCCACGCCCAAGAAAGACCAUGCAGCUCUUUCGCCUUCGGCAAAUCAACAAUGGGAUGUUUGUGCGAUUAAAUAAGGCAACUCUUAACAUGCUUCGAAUAAUUGAUCCAUACGUCGCUUGGGGUUACCCUAGUCUUAAAAUUAUUCGUCAACUCAUUUAUAAACGCGGAUUUUGUAAGUACCAUGGUACACGGCUCCCUUUAACAAAUGAGUUAAUUGAACACAAACUUGGACAUCUUGGUUUAAUAUGCGUUGAGGACCUUGUACAUGAAAUAUAUACAGUUGGACCAAACUUCAAACAUGCUGUUGCUUUUCUAUGGACAUUCAAGUUGAACAAUCCUAGUGGUGGUUUUCGCAAGAAAGGAAAGCACUUUGUCGAAGGUGGUGAUUUUGGCAACCGAGAAACCUACAUAAAUCGAUUACUUAAAGCUAUGAUUUAAAUAAAUAAGUUGCGCUUGGUAA